AUGAUUUUAUCUAUAUAUGUUGUUUCAUUUUUUUGCAGGAUUACUUAUUGUCAUUUGCCUUUCCAGAGCAAAUGGUUUUACUUAGGCACAGAGCGUGGGAAUGUACACAUAGUCAACAUUGAAACUUUCUUACUGUCUGGUUACAUCAUUAAUUGGAACAAAGCUAUUGAGUUAUCACGAAAAACCCAUCCAGGUCCAGUUGUACAUCUUGAAGACAAUCCUGUGGACCCAAGUAGGCUCUUGAUUGGUUUUGAAUCGGGUGCAGUGGUCUUGUGGGAUUUAAAAAGCAAAACAGCCGAAUAUCGAUUUAGCACUCCUGAAGCAUUACGGUCUUUAUCUUGGUGGUCUGACGGCAAACAGUUCAUGGGCAGCCAUUCUGAUGGCAGCUUAACAACAUGGAACCUAAAGACACCGCUGAAGGCCGCGAACAUUCAGAUGCCUCAUGCAAAAAUUGGAAAAGAUGGAAAACCAGAGCCUUGCAAGCCUAUAAAAAAAGUAGAAUGGAAAUCGGUACGGAGUGGGGAACCCCUCAUCAUUUUCUCUGGUGGGAUGCCAUAUGAUAAAGUUGGCCGUACCCCCAGCAUCACUGUGAUGAAUGGAAAAAGUAUCACAGUUCUUGAAAUGGAGCAUAACAUUGUGGAUUUUGUUGUUUUAUGUGAGACUCCUUGGCAGAAUGAUUUUCAAGAACCUUAUGCCAUUGUUGUGCUUCUCCAGAAUGACUUAGUUGUGGUAGACCUUACAGUUCAAGGUUACCCUUGCUUUGAAAAUCCCUAUCCCAUGGACAUCCAUGAGUCUCCUGUGACUGCCUGCCAAUACUAUGCAGACUGCCCUCCAGACCUCAUACCUGCCUUCUAUUCCGUUGGAUCAAAGCAGAAAAAGACUGGCUUUAGCGAUAAUGGUUGGCCUAUUAAAGGGGGAGAAUGGGGAACAACUACAUGUAGCUACCCUGAAAUCAUUUUAACAGGUCAUGCAGAUGGGUCGAUAAAAUUCUGGGAUGCAUCAGCAGUUACCUUACAGGUUUUAUAUAAGGUAAAAUCUGCCAAGUUAUUUGAAAAACCCAAAUGCAAAAAUUCCGAAGGCACUGAUGAUGACCCAUUUGCUAUCCAAAUGAUUCAGUUAUGUCGGGAGAGUCGCAUGCUAUGUGUGGCUGGGGCUACUCAUGUCAUGCUCUUCAAGUUCAAUAAGCAGGAGUCACAACAUGAAGUCAUAUCACUUGAAAUCCAGAUUAUCUAUGAAGUUUAUGAUGACUUGGACUCUCCAGAUUAUGAAUAUCCGAGGCCAUUUCUUGGUGCUGUCCAUCAACAACAGAGUGGAAGCCUGGGCUCCUAUUCCAGCAGUGCAUCAGAUAGUACCAAGGAAUAUAGUACAGCAUUGAAGGUUAAACCCUCCCAGCGACGGUGGAACCCAGGUUUCCAGCCUGAUAUUGUAUGCCUACUAGCAUGGAUUGAUAAUGAGCAUCCUGGCAAUGUGACUAGUAUAUGUAUUAACUCUUCCUAUGGCUUGAUGGCAUUUGGCAAUGAAUCUGGUUUAGCUGUUGUUGACCUGGUCCAAAAAAUAUGUUUACUCAACAUUGGGACACCAGAUUUGUAUGGAUCAAUGGAUCCAUACCAAAGAGCUCCUCGAUCACCCCGAGGUAAGCGCCCACAACCACUGGAUGGUAGCACUACGGGACCUAUCUUCACAGAUGAAUGCAAAUCUCCUACCAGUGAUCAACCCCUCCUCCCCCUGGCAAGUCGUCGUCAGCCAGUGGCUAGUGGCUCUUCUCCAUGUGGUGAGGAGGAGGGGGAGCAGGCGCACCACCUCCCCAGCACACACGUGCCUGAUGUGGCCACUGAACCAACUUACAUGACCACCAAUUGCUCCUUAUCAAGUGACUCCAUUUCAAAACAAACUGACGAUGUAAAAACCGCCGACGAAUCCUGGACAAUUGUCGAGGUUGAAAAUGAGCAAACAACUAGUUCACAGCCAGUUGAGUCACUGAACACAAAAAAAUUUAUCUCACCAGUAAAGACAAUACCUCAUCGAACGAAAUCGAACAAACUACCAAAGCCAACUGCAACAGUUUCUCCAAUAAAACGCUCUCCAUCUGAAUCUAACAUUAGAAAGCGAAAUUCUACCAGAGAAGACGACUCUGUAUUUUGCAAUAGUACAUCUAGUCGAAACCUGCAUGAAACCCACAGUUCUAUAUCAAGGGAGGCUUACUCUGACGUAAACUUAACUGAACCAUACCCUGACAUGGACGCCAAUAGUCCUUGUGCAGAUCCCAAAGACUCAGAACCUUCAAUAUUCAGAAAAAUGAGCUCCAGUCUCAAAGCUAUAACCAGCAAGGUGAAAGGCAAUUGGCUAGAUGUAGCACAUGACCCUCGUAAAUGUAGGCCCCCCAGACGGUUUGGCGAUGUGGGGAAGGUUGAUGUAAUUGAUCUAACGAAGGAAAACGAAUCAUCCUACAAAAGGCAUAUGAGCAGAAGUGAAAUAUUCAAGGGACUUUUUGUAGAUAAAAAUGAUGGCACUUCAUUUUCAAGAUCAAGAAGUUCAAGCAUGUCCAGCCUUGAGAAUGUCUCUAAGGAAGCGAUACAGUGCUUGAAAUUUGCAGAUUCCUACACAAGAAAAACAGAUAGUUACACUUGUCCGUGUUUAUGGGUUGGCACAAGUCUGGGGUCUGUGUUAGUAAUUGUACUAAAUCUUCCAACAGAAGAACAACGGCUUUAUCAACCAGUAAUUGUUUCUCCCAGUGGUACAGAAUCUAGCAACAGACUUAAAGUUCCUAUGCACAGGAAAGAAAGCAAUUCCAUAUCUCAGGAGAGGACUAUAUUCAGGUUAAAAGGAGCAAUACUGACCAUGUCAUUCUUAGAUUGUAAUGGUGUGUUGGUCCCUGAUGCUUCUAAACAAUGGGAGGAUAAAUCCAAACUAAAAACAGAACAAAAAGAAAUGCAACCUCCAAAGGCAAAUACAGGACCAAAUUAUAGAAAGGUGUCUCCAACCACAACGGCUGAAGUGUGUGAUCGCCAGUUUGCAAUAAUUUGUUCAGAAAAACAAGCAAGAGUGAUGUCAUUACCUUCACAAACUUGUGCAUAUAAGGUAAAAAUCACAGAGACAUCUUUCGUUGUGAAAUCUGAGAUUGUUACUAUUAAAGAUAGUGUUUGCCUUGUCUGCUAUAUAGCCAAUGGUCAUAUUAUGACCUUCAGCUUGCCAAGCCUGAAACUUUUAAUGGAUGCCCCUUUUCAGCCUCUUACUGAAAUAAGAGUCGCUCGGACUUUCUGUUUCAGCAACAAUGGCCAUGCUAUGUAUCUUUGCACUCCAACAGAACUUCAAAAAAUUACCUACUCUGCUGAACAGAGACAAAAUCUCAAUGAAAUGCUUGGUGAUUUGUUCCUGCCAUGUGAAACUCCUGAAGCCCCUAGACAGGGAUUUUUCAAAAAUUUGUUUGGAGGCGGUCCUGUUACUGUGGACAGGGAAGAACUUUUUGGUGAAACCAGUGGCAAGGCAGCAAAGGGAAUGGCCAAAAUUAUUGCUGGCUCUGGCGGUAUGCAUCAUCUAACGGCCCAGUCGACUUCCGUGGGAGGUGAGGUAGCCCGUACCAAGCAGCUAUUUCUUGAACGAGGAGAGAAGCUGGAGGGUUUAGAUGACCGGACACAACAGAUGACUGCACAAGCUGAGAGCUACUCCCAGUUGGCCCACCAGCUCAUGCUGAAAUACAAGGACAAAAAAUGGUACCAGUUCUAA